AUGGCCGAUUCCGCCAUCACAACUUACAAGAACAACCUUUCCCUUGCCUCUGUUGCCUUGGCCAACUAUAGUCCACGUGGCACUUUCCUCUCAUGUCGUGUCUACGAGAUUACUAGGAGACCGGAGGAGGUGAUUUGGCCUGACAAUCCAGUCAAAAACGCAGCGGAAACAGGUCGAUUGGACAUUGGUACCUCAUUUCGCGGAAGUCAAAAGACCAUUGACUCGAUGCAUAUGACCCAGUCCAGAUCAGCCGUCAAAUAUCUGCCUGAUACAGUUCUAACCACUUUUGUGGCAGACGAUGUUCUCACAAGUCUGGUUAUGCAAUCCACUCUCAGACAUGGCGCUCCAUCGUCGCAACGUUGCGAUCCCUUAUGCCUUUAUGACGUGGAAGAUGUGAGUGAGUUGGCCGUACAUGUCUGGCCGAAAGAAGUUGAAAUGGGCGCGUUUUUCACCACGUGCCAGGCGCCCAAUUGGAUGGCCAAAUGGGGUGUGUCCGAUUGCUCUGCUUUUCUUCACACCUUUCCGUCCAACGGCUUGAUGGCGUUCACUUUUCCCGUUUCUCGGCCAGCCGGAGGCUUCGGACUUUUCUGCCAAGUCUUUCUUGACGCGGGUGAUCCGUACGCCUACCAGACGUCGGCUCAACCUUCACAACGAGCCGGACACUUGCCGCUAGGCCUCGUCGCUCCCGAUUUCGGUUGUCUGGUGAUGCUUCGCUAUUCUGAACUCGGACAGACGUUGUUUCUACGCGUCUACUCCGCCUCGACAACCGGCUCCUCGGCGUCUUGCCAAGUAACGACCACGCAGAUGGUAGACACCGGCUGGCGCCGGGUCAUUCUCAAAGAGCCCGGUUCCGAUCACGCCUACGUCAGGCCUCGUCUGGUACAGGCGCAACUUCGGCCCGGCCAACAGGAACAUCUCUUGGUGGGUCUGGCGAGACCGGCCACAACCGGCCUGGCCCGGCUGGAUACGGCCGGCCAGGACAUGUUGCUAAUCAUUGACCUUGGCAUUGCUGCCAAGACGAAAUCUGGGGCGGAAAGACCCGCGGAACCCUGUCUUCUGCGAGUAGUGCGGCUGGCGUACGGACAGAGGCUGAUUUUCCCGCCUUGCGGCAAGAGAGCCAUCAACUUUCUACUUCAGGAAUAUAGACUGGACUUUGAGUCCUUGCAUGAGCAUAGUCAUUUGUUGGAAGCAACUUGCGGCCAUGCUGCUGCUCUCGAACUGCCCGUCCAGUCGUCGCUUUCACUGCAGUUGUACAAUUUGUUCCCGGUGAACGGAGGCGCCCAACUGGUUGGUCUGGUCCAUCAUCCAGCCCGGAAACUGGCAGCCGAUACGGCCACACGAUCUGUCUUAGCUACGAGAGUGAAGUCGAUCACAGCGCAACAACUGUCACCGCCUUGUGAGCUUGUCGUCAUUUGCACCACACCCGGAUUGAUGAACAUUAGGGGAAGGUAUCUGUUCGCAAAUGAGCCCGACAGGAUACUCAAGGCCAGACGGAACGAUUGCACCUUUGUUGUUAUGACAUCUGGAGAGGCGAUCAUUUCAUUCGAUGUUUGUGUGCCCCGGUCGGCCUCGGGAUUUGCAAAUGCUGAACCAGUUGGUCAUCCGGUAGCCGAUUCGACCAGCUUGUCCUGA